AUGGUGCAGCACAUAACGCAGAAGACUCAUAGUCCGAAGGUCUCAGGUUCGAAUCCCGUAGGAAUAUUAGCGAAUAUUGAAAAAUCAUGUAUAGCCAGUGUAAAACAUUGGAUCGGUCCAUUCUUUCCCCCGCCACGUCUCACGGGAGAGACGUACGUCGAUUUUUUGGAAAAUGAGUUGCCUGCCCUUCUCGAAGACGUUCCUCUUCGCGAACGGGAGGAACUCAUUUUCCAACAUGACGGGGCUCCUGCGCACUUUUCGCGGCAGGCACGCCACGUUUUAGAUACGCGCUAUCCGGACAGGUGGAUGGGUCGAGGUGGCCCAAUCAUUUGGCCGGCGCGGUCGCCGGAUCUUAACGUGCUCGAUUAUUUCAUUUGGGGUCACAUCAAAGAUUUAGUCGAGCAUAUACGUAAUGGUACUGAAGCUGAGGCACGAGAAGCGAUUCUCGCAGCUUUCAAUACCAUUACACCAGAAAUGGCGCACCGCGCGACGCGCAAUAUUACUCGAAGAGCCGAAAUCUGCUUACGAGAGCGAGGAAGGCACUUCGAACAAUUCUUGCAUUAA